UGAUUGGUCUGAAUGGGUAAAGCGGAAGUAGGAAAACGGCAGUAGAUAUAAAUGAGUAAACGAGCAGGCAGACCACCGAAAUAUCCUCUUCACUGUCUCCUUUUCUUCUUCGAGCAUAGCAGAUUAAGAACAAAAACACACCACUUCCUAGUUCCUAGUCUUCAAAAAAGAAACCCUAGAUCAUUUUAUAUGGCUCUGGAAGAAUCUUCAGCUUUGAAUCAGGACCGUCCAUUUGAAUCCUCUUCUUCUUCUUCUAAGCUUAACGCUGAGGCACCUGCUUUCGUUCCUCGUAUCUCAACAGGGCGCGUGUAUCCCACACGCGCUCAUGUCCCUGUACUAAAAAAUCAUCAGUUGGUUUACGCGCCUCAAUUGCCAGUAGUACACUCGCCCUACUAUGGCGGUGUUCGACCAUUUGUUGAUCAAGAGGUUGAUGCCGAUAAUAAGAAUAUUGGAGGCUUACCUGGAGAAGCUGCUCAGAAAAUCAUUAAUCAGGUGGAGUUCUAUUUCAGCGAUCUAAAUUUGGCAACGACUGAAAAUUUGAUAAGGCAUAUGAUCAAGGAUCCCGAGGGGUAUGUACCAAUAUCAGUGGUUGCAUCAUUCAAGAAGAUUAAAGCUCUAAUUGGUACUCAUGCCCAGCUUGCUGAAGUUCUGCGCAGCUCAAUAAAUCUUGUAGUUAGUGAAGAUGGAAGGAAAGUCAAACGGCAAAAUCCUCUGACUGAAGCUGCCCUGGAAGAGUUGCAAUCUCGCAUAGUGGUUGCUGAGAAUUUGCCUGAGGACCACUGCCACCAGAACCUCAUGAAGAUUUUCUCAGCAGUUGGAAGGGUAAAAAUGAUACGCACCUGCCACCCUCAGCCAUCAAAUGGUGGGGCUUCUUCAGCAUCUAGAUCAGCAAAAUCAGACAGCACGCUGUAUAGUAACAAGUUGCACGUAUUUGUGGAGUACGACUCUGUUGAAUUGGCUGAGAAGGCGGUUCUUGAACUAAAUGAUGUGGAUAACUGGAGAAAUGGUCUAAAAGUCCGUCUGCUGCUUAGACCCGCGGCCAAAUCUGGUCAAGCGCGAGUGAAGAAGGCUGGUCAUGAAAGUGAGCUGAACGUCAAAGAAGAUGAUGAUUCUGCUUUAGAACUCAAUGAGAAACAUGAUGGAGACUCGUCCCACCAUGUUGACGUGCAGUCCAGUGACGUUGCAGAGGAGCAUGGCCGUAUUGGGAAGAAGAAAGGGCACAAUCGUGGUCGGGGAAAGGUACAGGGACCAGGACAAGGACAGACGCGGGGUCGAGGACGUGAACCUCCCCAGUUUCGACAAAGCAAUCGUGGAGGGCGUACAGGGGCUUCCAUAACGAAAGGGAAUACUGGAAGUAGUGUGGCUAGUGCCCCUUCAAGUACAAGUGGUGUUAGUGUAGCUGGCCAACCUGCAGUAGUUUCUGACCAGUCAGCUGGCAAGCAAUCUUUUGUGCCUCGCAUGCCAGAUGGCACUCGGGGAUUCUCUAUGGGUCGAGGAAAACCAGUUGGUGUCGGAACUGAGUGAUGAUGUUCUAGUUUUGUGAAAAGGGGUCUCUAUUCAUGCAAGCAUUUCCCACGUACAGAAGGGGCAAUGUUUCUUCUUUCUUUGCGGUAUUGAUGGCAGGGUUUUGAAGACUGCCGUCGAUUCGGUGAAGAUGAUACAUCGUUGAUUUAGCAGCAAGAGUCAAGACUCGAAAGAAGUUUGCUGUUGUUUGUUGUUAAACCAAAGAGCCUGUGCUGUGAUUUAGUUUGGAACACUGAACCUGAGAAAUUAACAUAAAGCAAAUACAAAAUUGGUAAAAGAUUUACUCAAUCGAGUGUUUCUCUCUCUAAUGUCGGUGAGAUAAUGUAGUGUGAAUAAACAAAUGAAAGAGUUUUUAUCCAGAAAAUUAAGUUUCUAGGUAAAGUGGUUUUAUAAUUCUUCAAUGUAAUGCAACGGAGAAUCGGGUAUCUGCCCCCUUGGGAGCCCCUAAGCCUAAAUCACUCCAUUCCUUCUUGGGUGCCCCAA